CUUGGAGCCAUGUAAGCUGCUAUGGGGGAGGGCCUGGACAGGGUGGGCUGCAGGCUGCUCUUCUCCCUGACCUUAGCCUGUCCCCAGCCACUGGCCCUGUGAAGAGCCAGCCUCUCCUGCUAGAGUUUCAAACCCACAGAGAGGGCUCCAUCUGCACCUGGGUCCUCCAUGCCUCAGCUCCUCCCAGACACGCUGCUUUCCUCAGGGCCCUCUGAGGAGCGCCCCCCAGGCCCUCACCCACAGGCAGGAGAAGGGGCUGCCUGGGCUCCCAUGGUCUCCAGCUUAGUGGAACAGGCAUUUCUGGGCACAUGCCUGGCCAUCAGAAACCAGCAGUGAAGCACGGACCGCUGUCCUCCGCCUCUCACCCACAGAGGAGACAGGCACGUGGAUGCAGGUGCCACACUGGGGGCUUGGGAGGAGCUGGCAUGUCCAGAGUGGGGUCUAGCUUGGGGGUGGCCCGGUAGUGGCGACCACCUGCCUGCAGUGGUGACAGAGGUGAAGGGUUUCAUCAGGCUCCAUCGGCGAAGCCUUGACUCAGGCAGGCUUGAAGCCGGUAGAACUGUCCAGUUUUUCGAUAGGCAGCCUGCAAGGGGCGGCUGUGUGCCCGGGGUCACCGCUGUGUGUAGCCUUGCGAGGUGGGAGCUGAAGGCUGGAGGGGAAGGUCAGGGUCAAACUGAACACAGCAUCACAAACCCAGGGAAGAAACUUGGACCUGGUCUGUGGUAGGCAGGGAGGGGCCUGUGUUGUAAAAAUUCCAGCAGCCUGGUGGAGAAUGCUUUGGCGGGCAGAGGUGGAAGAAUGGGGGCCGUGACGUUGGAGCCAGUGGUCUGUAGCAGUGGGAGGGGCAAUGGCAGUGGCAGCAAAGAGAGGGAGAUUGGGGUAACCCCAGCUAGUCUUGGGGACUGGCGUGGAGGAGGAAGAUGGUGUCUAGGAGACGAGGAGCAGAAAGGACGAAGGACUUUGGGGUUAGGCAGAGCGGACAGAAUUCCAGGUUCCUGGCAGAGCGAGCCUUGGCGUGCACAGGAUACUGAGGUAGGCUCGUGGAGACGUGUUGUCUCCAGGACUUACAAAGGGAGGUGGCCACUGGGAAGUGAGUGCAGGGACAACAUGCAGGGGGUGACUGGGCUGAAGGAACCCCAAGAACUUGUCAGCCUUGGGUUCUCAGGACCAGGAGCAUGAAUGAGGCCACUGGAGGAGCCAGGGUUGGAAGCAAGGGACUUCUCUCCCUGGGGCCCUCCGCCGUCAGAGGAGAGCGGCUGGGAUUACCAAAGCUCCAGAGCCCUGGGCUCAGCCCUCAGGUUCUGAUACUACACAUCUGGGGUGGGGCCAGGAAUUUUGUUUUGAAGGCUUGCUGUGGUUCUGGUGAGCCAGGUUCGCACUGCAGGUAUAAGUGGACUGAGCCUGGCUGCUGAGUGGAGAACCAGGAGCCAGCCAGAGGCCUUCUGCUGGCACCUGCAGCUGAGCCCAGGCCUGCAAGGGGAGGAUGUCCAGUGCAGGGCCGAGCUGCACGUGCUCACUGGGCGCCUACCAGGGGUCCAGGGCUGCAGAUUCCAGUGAACAAAGCCCUCCCUGCCCUCCUGAAGCCUGCAUUUGAGGGGCAGGUCCAGAGCUCUGCCACCACGUCUGGAAGCCAUCUAUCUAGCCUCAGGCCGCUCUAAGCUGCAGGCAGCCGAGAGAGAGAGGUCCUGAGCCGGGGACAUGGGGAGCCUGGACAUUCCCUCUCACGUAGACCCUGAGACGGGCAGAGCUGAAAGACCCACUCUGGGCUCCUCAGCUGGCAGGACCUGCCUGUACCUCCUGCUAUGCUAGCGGGAGUUGGGGAGGCUGUUUGAAUGGCUGGGGCUCUGGGUGGUGAGGAGCCCCUGCCCUCUUCAGAGGGCCUGUGUCUGUAGGGUGUGUUAUGGACUACAUCACAGAUGAGGAAACUCCGGCACACAGAGAUGAAGUGACUUGUCCGGCUACCAAGAGGCAAGGUCAGGACCUCAGCUGAGAUCUGACUGUACAGUGUGUGCCCUGAUUCCCUGGGCAGCGACACUAGAACAAGAUCAGGUUUGGCACCUAUUAGCCAACAGCAUCAAUAAGAACAAAAGCCUCAGGGUGGAGGUUGCUGGCCCUGCAGGUGCUGACGCAGGCCUGGAAUGAAGGCCCUUUGUGAGGUGGCCCUGGGAACUGGCAACAGGUUCCGUCCUGCCAGGAGAGGGACGACAGGAGCUGGGACCUGUGUAGGAGAUGGUUCUCGCCAUGCUGGGGGCUCUGCACCCCCGGGCUGGGCUCAGCCUCUUCCUCCACCUCAUCCUGGCAGUGGCACUGCUUCACUCCCAGCCUCUGAGGUCUCAGCAGUCUGUUCCUGAGGCAUUUUCCGCACCCCUGGAACUCUCGCAGCCACUCUCCGGCCUGGUGGAUGGUAGUAUCUCUCUCGUCCCCUUCCCCUGCCCCUCCCUGACAGUGGAGACUCCCCUAAGGGGUGCCCCAAGUCCAGCCUUCAGGGGCUUGUCAUCCCAAACCACAUCUGUUCAAGGGUGCCAGCUGCCCCUCCCACCCAUGCCCUCCUUUCUCUCUCUAGACUAUGGCAUCCUCCCCAAGCACCCGUGGCCACGAGGGCCUCGACCCCUCCUGUCCCGGGCCCAGCAGCGCAAGCGGGAUGGGCCCGACCUUGCUGAGUAUUACUACGAUGCACACCUAUGACCCAAGGCCCCCAUAAAGUUACUACGCAU